AAUAAUAAGGUGAACAGGCCAAAUUAUGUUUAAACUGAUACCGUUUACGAUGCCUCAGUCGGGCAGAUACGGGUAUCACAUGUUCGUUGCGCAGAACUGUCCAUGUGAUAAUGGCCCUGUCAUUGUCAGUUACAAUCAGGGUAAUUACCACACCUGAAGGUGUUAUGCAAUUGGGUAGCUUCGACAAUCAAAUGGAUGGGUAUUAAAACGCAUGCAAUUACAAUGCGUAAUGGCUGCUUUGGCACUGUUGGAAGAUUUGGCGAAUGGAAGAAUUCGGAGAGCGACUUUUCAGUGACCAGCAAGAUCUACUGGCCAAUGAUAAGGAGUAGCUUAUGAGCUGGUUCCGUUUACCAAGAGCUGUUCUCUUGGAUCUCUGUGCUGUAGUGGGCCCAGCUUUAUAGAGAAGCACCUGCAGAAACCAAGCCGUGCCUGCACUUCAAAACCUUGGCAACCUCGUUAAUAGCGUUGGUGUCUCUUUGCGUUUGCAGAACUGCAUCUGUGAGGACACGGCCGCUGGAGGGUUGGGACGCACAAGGAGUGGAGCAGUGGAGACGCCGGGGCUGGGCGCACUCCGCUCCUGUUUCGCAGCUCCACCGACCCCGCUGGAACACUCAGCUCCUGUUCCGCAGCGUCACGAUCCCGCUGGAACACUCAGCUCCCGCGCCGCAGCGCCACCGACCCCGCUGGAACACUCAGCUCCCGCGCCGCAGCGCCACCGACCCCGCUGGAACACUCAGCUCCCGCGCCGCAGCGCCACCGACCCCGCUGGAACACUCAGCUCCCGCGCCACCGACCCCGCUGGAACACUCAGCUCUUGCUCAGCAGCACCACCGACCCCGCUGGAACACUCAGCUCCCGCGCCGCAGCGCCGCCGACCCCGCUGGAACACUCAGCUCCCGCGCCGCAGCGCCACCGACCCCACUGGAACACGCAGCGACUAAAAACAAUAGAAUGAGUAAAUGUUUAAACAACUUGAAUGCGUCUGGUUUAUUCUUUUUAAACGUGUGAAUACUAUUUACAUACCUGGAUCAUCCGGUGCGUCUUGCAUGUCCGUGUCCCCCUCCGUCACUACUCAGGAGGGAUUCCCCUAUAAUACUGGCAAGUCGCUCCGGUGUCCCCUUUCCGCCGCCCGUGGCACAAACACUUUGUGUAAGGCUAUGCACCUUUUGGCCUCCACUUUUGUCGGACCACUUUUUCAUUUCUGAGCCAGCAGCAUUGACAGCGUCCGCCACAUGUAAUGCCCACAGUGUGUCCACCAAACCAUAUAUUUUCUUGCUUCAUCCUCCCCUACAAGAACUUCCAUUUCACACUGGGUGAAAUGCUUCUUUUUAUUGCCUUUCUGUCGAUUUGUUGUCACGCAGUCAAGACGCUCGCUCACGUGCGCCAAAUGUCGAGUUGAUUGUGAUUUAUAACGGGAAACCGGCGUGGGACGUGCAUACGUACUGUUUUAAAUCAGAAUAUUUUUGUGUGUAACCACUUUCUGUGUUACCUUUUAACGUGAAUCCUCCGCCCAGUUUUAUAAAUUAGGCCUCUGGUCUGUAAACUGUUUCCUCCUGGAUACAGUAAGAGUGAAAUAAAUGUUCUGAUUGGUUCAAGUCUAGGUAAUGCAUGUUCAGCAGUAGUAUCUAUAAACGAGAGGAAGGACCAGCACGAGUUGUCAGUGCCUUGUUCUCGGCAGAGUUCUACCGCACGCUCAGGAACUGAGAGAUGAAACUCUGUGUGGCUAUUGUCGUUCUCACUGCGGUCGUCUGCACUUCGGCAGAAAUUCCUCAUGAGACCGUCUAUGUGCUGGGCUGUCUUGAGAAGACAAAGGUGGAGGCGGAGGCAGAGCUUCGGGUGGAUGGGGAGGAAGUGGUAUAUGCUGACUUCCAGAGUGGACAGGAAGUUUGGACAUUGCCUGAGUUCCUGGGGCCAUUCCCAAGCUCUACUGUCCGUAACUUCUACAAGAAUGCCGUUAAAGGCAGACGAUUGUGUCGGGAUGCCUUGGCUCUUUGGAUAUUAGAAGAAAAGGGUCCACCUGAGGUAAAAGAUGCGCCUGAGAGCACCAUCUACCCCAGGGAUGAGGAGGAGCUGGGGGUGGAGAACACCCUUAUCUGCUUUGCUAAUCAUUUCUACCCCCCGCCUGUCAAAGUCAACUGGACCAAGAAUGGCCUGGAGGUGACUGAGGGAGCGUCUCUCAGUCGGUACUAUCCUAAUGAAGAUGGAACGUUCCACCAGCUCUCCAGCCUGAGUUUCACUCCACAGGAGGGGGAUGUCUAUGCCUGCACUGUGGAGCACACAGCCUUGGAGGACCCCAAAACCAGGUUCUGGGAGUAUAAGGUACGUGAGGUGAGUGGGUCCAGUGCUGGUCCUGCUGUAUUCUGUGGAGUGGGCCUGACUCUGGGACUGUUGGGAGUGGCUACCGGAACAUUCCUGUACGUCAAAGGACAACAGUUCAACUGAAUUGUGACAUAUAUGAAAUUUAAAAAAAUCCUCUUUUGCAGUUGUAGGUAAACAAUGGGACAAAGAAUUAGUGGCAUACCGCAGUUUCAUAUUUUUUGUUGAGGGGGGGAACUUAACUUUGUACAGUUUUACACAUUUUGCCAUGGGGCAAAGAAAAAUAUGCAGUUUUAUAACUAAUCUCAUGCUAUUUUACACAUCUUGCCAUGAGGCUGAGAGAAAAUGUUGCUGUUUUAAAGCUAAUUUCCUGCAAUUCUACACAUAUUGCCAUGGGACAGAGAGAAAUGUGCAUUUUUAAGCACAUUUCCUGCUAUUCUACACAUUUUGAGAGAAAAUGUUGAAGUUUAGCAGCUAAUUUCCUGUAAUUUUAAACAUUUUUGCCAUGGCUUAUGACAUGUUCAUAUGUUAUCUG